AUGCCGUACCCCAUACCUCGGGUUGAGAUUCCCUCUCAUGCGGCCCAUAGAAGUGGAUCUGAAGAGUCACCCACAAGCAAACAAAAGGUUUCUCAAGACAUUGUCGACAAAGCGCGGGAACUGGAGCUCGAAUUGGGCAGGCGAGGUUUUCCGCUUUCAAACAAGAGACUUUUCGCAGAUACUGCGGAGGCAGUGAGCGAAGCCGUGAAUAAGAAGCAGUGUCUAUCGCUUGGUGGGUGCUGGGGUGGUAGGACGAUGGCCAAAGACCCUAACUUCGAAGCUGAGUGGGAAGCUUUCAAAGAGCAAACGAGCAACUCUCGUUCACCUUAUCCACCGAAGCACUUCCUUGAUGAGCAAAAGCGAGAGCUCAAGAAAUUUCCCAAGAAACUGAGGAAUUUCAUGAGAGACAAGGCCAUAGCCCCAGAGAAUGUAUUCUUUCUCUCGAAUCGUGGCUAUCGCCUAUACAUCGACAAAGAUACAACAAGUACAUCCAUCUCAUCUCCGGAGAAGAGGAAACCGCGCCCAACACCAAUGGCAUCCGUUCUCUAUUGUCUACCACACAAGGGCAAGCCUUUGGCCCCAUUCUUUACCUUUCAGUGCAAGAAUGGGGGACCACCAUACAGCCAUGAGGGACUUCACAUUGUCAAUAACCCAGAUGGGUGGAUUUCGGAAAGCGACUUUUUCACCUGGCGUCAGAAAAUCUUCGGAGAGCACCCCAAGGCCUUUUCUCAGGGAUCGCAGCGAAAGGAGCCCGUUCCCAGACUUCUUCUUUUCGACGGAGAAAAGAUUCCGAUGAACAAAAAGUUUUUCGUGUCUGGUGAUAUGGAGGAAAACAUCUUCUGCCUUGCGCUUCCCCGCGGUAUGAGUUCCAUGUUUACUCCGCUGGAAGAUAGACUUGUCUCUAUUGACCAAAAGUACCAACAAGUCAUGGAGAAUGCCUUAAGAGGGAGUCGUGAGGGAUAUAGAAUGGAGAAUUCUAUUUUUGUGCAACUCAUUGCUAACCGACUGAAUGAAGCUCCAGAGGGUCGGAAGGUUUGGAAAAAGCUUGGGCUAAUUCCGUGCAAGUCUGAUCGCUUUGGUGAACAUAUCGACACUUUGUUUCUGUCUAUGGCAACCAAAAAAAGUUUGCCGCAAAAUUCAGCUCUCAGGCCUGCUCGAUCGUACCCGUCUCCGUCUUCGUCAGAACCGAAUGGAUCCUCUCCGCUAUCCCGACAAUCUCGAAGACGAACAGCGGUUGCCCCGAGGCCCGAGACCAGCGAUGUCGAGUCUUUCGAAGAGGACCCAUCGAACGAUCCUGACUAUCAAGCGGAAUUUGGCAUCGACAUCGAAAGCAUUGUUCCAAGCGAUUAUGAAGACGAAGAGGUGGAAAUUGCUGAUGAUCUUGGCCCCGUGUCUGAUUCUAGCCCCGUGGUUGAUCAUGACCCAGUGGUUGAUCCUGGCCCAGUGGUUGAUCCUGGCCCAGCGGUCGACGCCGAGAACAAAUUGACGUUGCUCAAUUACCUGAUCACAGCUUUCUCGAACGAGACCCCAAGGCGCGAGCAGCUCUCCGACUUCCUCCGGUAG